AUGAGUGACGAAGACGAACCAAAAUUACUUCAUCAAUAUGAUAUGGAUCAUAAUCGUCGACGUUUAUCAGUAAUUAAAAGUGAACUUCAAGGAUUAAUGCGUCAAAAAAAAAAAUAUGAUGAAGAAAAAUUAAAACAAGACGCAGAUUUUUUACAAAGUGAAAUAAAUGAUUUACGUAAUUCAAUUUUUGAUAUUAAUAAAGAAAUCAAUAAUCAAACACAAACAAAAAAGAAAUUACAUGUUCAAAUGACAAAUCUUCGAUCACGUUCUCGACUUCGUUAUACUAAUUUAGCAAUAGCACUUCGAGAUAAACGACGAUAUGAAGUUGAAUUAAAAAAAGAAAAUAAAACAGAAGAAUAUCGUGAUUUAGCACGUGGAGAAAUUCGUUCAAUUGAUGCAGCAUUACCUAUUCUUAAAGAAGAAGAUGAAUAUAAAGCCCGUCUUAAAUCAGCUGAAGAUGCACAACAAGCAGCUACUGUUAAACGAAAGAAAUUAGAAGAAAAUUUAAAUAAAAAUCUACGAAAACAAACUGAAAUCAAGCAAUUAUUAGGUGAAAAUGCAGAAAAACUACCUACAAUUGAAACAAAAAUUGAAAGUUUACGUAAUGAACGUGAACAAUUAGUAUCCUCAAAUAAUACAUCAUCUUCUACGAAUGGAAAAAAAUCACGUCGUCGUUUAUUAUCUAAUCAAUCCAAACAACUCGAUUCGCCUUCAACCGAUGCUCAAACACCGGUUCAAUCUCACAUGUCUCUCGAAGAAGAUUGUUUAGAAUAUGAAAAACAUCAAUAUGAAACUCAACUGGAUAAAGUUAAUACAUUACUAAAUUAUUUUCGUGAAAAAUUAAAUGAACAUGGUCUUAAUAAUAUUAAUAAUCAAACAUGUUUAACACCAUCCUCAGAAUUAACAUCACCUCUCUAUCAUCCAAUAACACCAUCUGAAGAACAAUCUAUACUUUCUUCAUAUAUGGAAGAACAUAAUUCUGAUAAUAUAUCAAUAAAUGAACCACCACCACCAACAACUAUAGCUAUGAAAUUACCACGAAAUUUUACUCCAUUAAAUUUAAAUGCUUCAACUACAAAUGAAAUCAUUCAUUCACCUUAUUAUGAUGGACAUGAAAUUGAAUAUAAAAAAGAAUUAUCAUCGGAUAUUCUUAAUAAAUAUGGUGGACAACAAAAAAAACUUCAACAACAAUUUUCUGUCGUUGGAAAAAAACAUAAAAAAAAUAAAAAGAAUUUUGCUAUAACACAUAAUCCACAAAUGAUAGUUUUAUAUAAUCAUAUUCGUAAUUCAACUGGUAGUUCUGAUACACUUCCAUCGAUGCCAAUGUAUGAAUAUGAUCUAUUUCCUACAAUACAAUCUCUUGAAUUUUUUAAACAAAGUCUUGAAUCAUAUUUAAAUGAAUUAUCUCAUUAUCAUAGACAAAUAUCAUAUGAUAAUGAACAACAAAGUCAAUCAGAAAUUGAUGAUGAUGAUAUUCGAGAUUCAGCAUUAGAUACAUAUUCGGAAACAUCAUCUUUAGUUGAAUCAAUUAAAGAACCAAUUUCACAUAUAACAAAUAUUCUUGAAGAACGUUUAUCAACAUCAUCAGAUGAUAAAAAAACUUUAACAUCAUCAUCAUCGAAUAAAGAUGAUCAUGAAGAUUUAAAUGCUCAUUUAAUACCUUUACAUAUAUCCAAUAAUCAGAUUGAUCGUCAAAUAUCUGAUGAAGGUUAUCGUUCAGUUCGACAUGAUCAACAACAACAAGUAAUAGAUAGAUCGAAUAAUUAUAAUUCAUCAUCAUCAUCAUCAUUAAUUAGAUCAGAUAGUUUUAAUUGUACAGACAAAGUUGAUCAAUGGCUGUUAAGUACAACACCAAUAUCGUCUGCACCAAUUUUAAUAACGGCUGAUAAUGAUUUUCAACCAACUGAUAAUAAUGAUGAAGGAGAAAAUCUUCAUAAAGCGACAACAAUCUCGGUGCUUAAUGAUUGA